GCGGCGGAAUCCCGCCCGCCUGCCCGCGCGCGAGCUCGAGGCCGCUUCCCCGGUACCAGCGUCUAGAAGGAUCCCGGCUGCGGCGAUUGCGCGGCCAUGGACGCGCCGGGGUCGUUCUAGGGUCGCGGCGGAGACCGCAGUCCGAGCGGCGCGGUGGCCUCCUCCGCGAGGGAAGCCUGCGACGCUUCUCAGAGAGGCUUCUCAUCGGUUCACGCCGGAGAGCCUCCUCCGCGAACCCUAGCGACGGCCGCACGGGCAGCGCGGCGGGAUGAGCGGUAGCGGCGCGGCGCCGGGCCCGGGCUCGGGGUCCUCCUCAGCCGCCUGUCGCUUCGCGCACUACUUCGUGCUGUGCGGGAUCGAUGCGGACAGCGGGCUGGAGCCCGACGAGCUGGCGGGUGAAAAUUUUGACCAGAGUCCUUUGAGAAGAACAUUCAAAUCCAAAGUUCUGGCCCACUAUCCUCAGAACAUAGAAUGGAACCCUUUUGAUCAAGAUGCAGUGAACAUGCUGUGCAUGCCCAAAGGGCUGUCUUUCAGAACACAGGCUGACAAUAAAGAGCCCCAGUUCCACUCAUUUAUAAUUACCCGGGAAGAUGGUUCUCGCACCUAUGGUUUUGUUCUCACUUUUUAUGAAGAAGUUACAAGUAAGCAAAUCUGUACAGCUAUGCAGACACUGUACCAGAUGCAUAACGCAGAGCAGUACAGCAGUGUGUAUGCUUCAUCCUCUUGCAGUAUGGACUCACUGGCAAGUAGUAUUGAUGAGGGGGAUGCAACCUCUCUCCUGAAACUCCAGCGAUACAACUCUUACGACAUCAACAGAGACACCUUGUAUGUUUCAAAAAGCAUAUGCUUGAUCACACCUCUGCCUUUCAUGCAAGCCUGCAAGAAAUUCCUCCUCCAACUUCACAAGGCAGUUACCUCACAACAGCCUCCACCCCUGCCGCUCGAGAGCUACAUCCAUAACAUUCUCUACGAGGUACCCCUUCCGCCCCCCGGGAGGUCACUGAAAUUUUAUGGUGUUUAUGAACCUGUCAUCUGCCAGAGGCCUGGGCCAAAUGAACUCCCUCUUUCUGACUACCCUCUUCGGGAGGCCUGUGAGCUCCUGGGACUAGAGAACCUGGUGCAAGUGUUUACCUGUGUUCUUUUAGAGAUGCAAAUCCUUCUCUACUCACAAGAUUAUCAGCGCCUGAUGACUGUGGCAGAAGGCAUUACCACACUCUUGUUCCCCUUUCAAUGGCAGCAUGUUUAUGUACCCAUCCUCCCUGCUUCUCUGCUACAUUUUCUUGAUGCCCCUGUCCCUUAUCUGAUGGGACUUCAGUCAAAAGAAGGAACUGACCGGUCUAAAUUAGAACUUCCUCAAGAGGCUAAUUUGUGCUUCGUGGAUAUUGACAACCAUUUUAUUGAAUUGCCUGAAGAAUUUCCACAGUUCCCCAAUAAAGUGGAUUUUAUCCAAGAGCUGUCUGAAGUUCUUCUCCAAUUUGGGAUUCCUCCUGAGGGCAGUCUACAUUGUAGUGAGAGUGCCACCAAAUUGAAGAAUAUGGUUCUGAAAGAUUUGGCUAAUGACAAAAAGAAUGGAAAUGUCCCCAACAACAGCGUCAGCGUGUAUGAGCUACUGAAGGGCAGUGAAACUAUAGCCCGCCUCCAGGCUCUUGCCAAGAGAACCGGAGUGGCUAUGGAAAAAAUUGACCUCCCAGCUUCUCUGAAUGAAAAAGAAAAGGAUUUAAAAUUGCAGUGUGAAGAGGCAGACUUGAGGGACUACCAGCUCAAUGUACAGCUGCGAGAGGUCUUUGCCAACCGCUUUACACAGAUGUUUGCAGAUUAUGAAGCAUUUGUGAUUCAGACUGCCCAGGACAUGGAGUCCUGGCUGACCAACCGGGAACAGAUGCAGAACUUUGACAAAGCUUCUUUCCUCUCUGACCAGCCUGAGCCUUACCUGCCAUUUCUUUCACGCUUCAUUGAAACACAGAUGUUUGCCACCUUUAUUGAUAAUAAAAUCAUGUCUCAAUGGGAAGAGAAAGACCCUCUGCUUCGGGUCUUUGAUUCUCGGAUUGAGAAGAUCAGAUUGUAUAAUGUGAGGGCACCUACUCUGAGGACAUCUAUAUAUCAGAAAUGCAGCAGUUUAAAAGAAGCAGCCCAGUCAAUUGAACAAAGACUGAUGAAAAUGGAUCACACUGCAAUCCACCCACAUCUACUUGAUAUGAAAAUUGGUCAAGGGAAAUACGAGCAAGGGUUCUUUCCAAAGUUACAGUCUGAUGUCUUGGCAACAGGACCAGCCAAUAACAAUCGCUGGGUGAGUCGAAGUGCCACAGCUCAGCGCAGGAAAGAGCGCCUUCGCCAGAGCUCGGAACACAUUGGGCUGGACAGUGACUUACGGGAGAAAUAUAUGCAAGAGGCACGAAGUUUAGGGAAAAACCUAAGGCAACCAAAACUGUCAGAUCUCUCACCUGCUGUGAUUGCACAAACCAACUGGAAAUUUGUAGAAGGCUUAUUAAAAGAAUGCAGAAUGAAGACAAAACGCAUGUUGGUAGAGAAGAUGGGACAUGAAGCAGUGGAACUGGGCCAUGGAGAAGCAAACAUUACUGGCUUGGAAGAGAACACCUUGAUCGCCAGCCUGUGUGACCUACUGGAGAGGAUAUGGAGCCAUGGCUUACUGGUCAAGCAGGGGAAGUCUGCCUUGUGGUCACAUUUGAUCCAGUUUCAGGAUAGAGAAGAGAAACAAGAACACCUCACAGACUCACCAGUUGCCCUUGGACCAGAAAGAAGAAAAUCUGACUCAGGAGUUAUGUUACCAACACUCAGAGUCUCUCUUAUUCAAGACAUGAGGCAUGUUCAGAACAUGACUGAGAUCAAGACUGACGUUGGACGGGCUCGGGCCUGGAUAAGGCUGUCCCUAGAAAAGAAGCUUUUGUCCCAACAUCUCAAGCAGUUGCUCUCUAACCAACCACUGACCAAGAAGCUUUAUAAACGCUAUGCUUUUCUACGUUGUGAAGAAGAAAGAGAACAGUUUCUUUACCAUCUGCUUUCCCUCAACGCUGUGGACUAUUUCUGCUUUACCAGUGUGUUCACCACUAUCAUGAUUCCUUAUAGAUCAGUGAUAAUUCCAAUUAAAAAGCUGAGCAAUGCAAUCAUUACCUCGAACCCGUGGAUCUGUGUUUCAGGAGAGCUGGGAGACACCGGAGUAAUGCAGAUCCCAAAGAACUUGCUUGAGAUGACUUUUGAGUGCCAGAAUCUGGGAAAGCUCACUACAGUUCAGAUUGGCCAUGAUAACUCCGGACUGUUAGCUAAAUGGCUAGUGGAUUGUGUCAUGGUCAGAAAUGAAAUCACAGGACAUACAUACAGAUUCCCUUGUGGGCGGUGGCUGGGCAAAGGCGUCGAUGAUGGCAGCCUGGAGAGAAUUCUUAUUGGAGAAUUGAUGACAUCAGCUUCAGAUGAAGACCUGGGAAAGCAGUGUCGGACUCCACCACAGCAGAAGUCUCCCACCACAACCAGGAGACUGAGUAUUACCUCACUAACAGGAAAGCCUGCCAAACCCAAUGCUGGACAGAUCCAAGAAGGAAUUGGAGAAGCCGUGAACAAUAUUGUGAAGCAUUUUCACAAACCUGAAAAAGAGAGAGGAAGCCUCACAGUGCUACUGUGCGGAGAAAAUGGCCUGGUUGCUGCGCUUGAACAAGUUUUCCAUCAUGGGUUCAAAUCUGCCCGCAUCUUUCACAAGAAUGUCUUCAUCUGGGACUUCGUAGAGAAAGCAGUGGCUUAUUUUGAAACCACUGACCAGAUUUUAGACAACGAAGAUGAUGUGCUCAUUCAGAAACCAUCGUGCAAAACCUUCUGCCACUACGUGAAUGCUAUUAAUACUGCACCCAGAAACAUUGGGAAGGACGGCAAAUUCCAAAUUCUAGUUUGCCUGGGAACAAGGGAUCACCUGCUCCCACAGUGGAUUCCAUUGCUAGCAGAAUGUCCUGCCAUCACCCGAAUGUAUGAAGAGAAUGCACUGCUUCGAGACCACAUGACUGUCAACUCCCUUAUCCGAAUCCUGCAGACCAUUCAAGAUUUCACCAUAGUGUUGGAAGGAUCGUUAAUCAAAGGAGUGGAUGUGUAAAGCGGCCAGCAGAAGCUCUUCAUCUACCCCUGGCUCCUGAAGCUUCCUCAACUAUGGGAACUGAUCUGGUCCAGUCUGACCAUAGUGAGCACUGCCAAGGCAGUGUGCACCAAAAGCCCCAGUUUGAACAGUCUCCACUCUGCAAACAAGGCAAAGUGCUGUAUUGUAGUUCAUUUGAACCUGAAAUUUAGUAUAAAAUAGAGUAUUUUCAUGUGUUAGAAGUGUGUAAAUAUGCUAUCUUUAAGAAAUUAUAUUACUCUAAUAAGAUACUUUUCUUAGAUUGAAUAUUCCUGUGACUUAAAAUAAGUAGUUUAAAAAUGUUGGGGGCGGGGAAAGCGGUGCUAGGCAGGAAGAAGCCAGUAAAUGUGUAAAUACCACGACCCAGACAGGCUUCUGUUAACCUCCGGGUGCACAGAGGAACCAGAAUGCUUUGUUCUGAGUCUCAUCCUGUGUGUGGUGAAUGUAUACAGCUUUACAUAAUGUCCAGCAGCCCCCGUCGUUCCUUGUAAGUUAUAAACCAUUUAGUACAUUCAAAUUAUGAGUCAUUUUUCUAGUUUUGGGAAAGUUUUUCAGUUGGCACAAGGAAACAGUAUAAUUAAAGUAUUUUAAAUAUCAGACCGUAG